CAUGGAAACAGGAGGGAGACUUGAUUCACUCGCUUCUGGAAUGUUUUCUUUGAAGUUACUCCCCUCGCUGAUAUUCACCAUUUAAUACCCGGUGAAGUGUACAGCUUGUUAAUUCAAGCAGAAGCCUGCAUCAGAAGGUACAACCAACUACCUGACUUCACUGCAUGAAACGUCUUUAGCGGUUAAGGUUCAGACAGGCCUUUAUGUGUAGUUAGCUAGAUAGCCGGCUGCUAAUCAGAAUGACCCAACAAGGAGCUGCGCUGCAAACCUACAACAACGAGCUUGUCAAGUGUAUAGAGGAGCUGUGCUCUAAAAGAGAAGAUCUGAACCGGCUGAUCCAGCAGGAGGAGGCAGAAAAAGCUCGUCUGCAGCAUGACAUCCGUGUGCUAACAGAGAAGCUAAGUCGUGUAAACGAGAGCCUGGCCCACCGUCUCAGUGCUCGUGCUGAAUUUGACCGCACCAUUGCGGAGACGGAAGCUGCGUAUAUGAAGAUUCUUGAAAGCUCGCAGACACUUUUGAGCGUUUUGAAGAAAGAAGCGGGGAAUCUGACCAAAGCCACUGAACCAAGAAGCAGUAAAGAUCAUUGAUUUAGUCCUGAAUGUUCGCGUCCUCUUUGUCCUUUCAUUUGUUUAUGUUCAAUUCAUCUCCUCUCUCACCUUUUUCUCUUUUCUUUCCUUUCCUUUUUCACCACACAACAUCAGAAUGUUUCUUCUCAUCCCUAUCAGGAAGCUCUGUAUGUGCAGUGUAUAGAUUUGUAAUUAUGUUUUGAUACAUAUUAGUGUUUAAUGUAAAGAUUUUAUUUAAA